AUGCCCCUCCUUCCCCACACCCCAAUCCCCUCCAUCCCUUCUUCCCCUGCCAACCCCAAUGCUCCCUCAAAACCUGAUCCUCCUCCACCUAAUACUCAAGACCCUAAUCCUUCUCCAGCUAAUCCCCAAGACUAUUAUUCGCCUACACCUAAUCCCCAAGAUCCUAAUCCUAUAAACUUUCCAUCUAAUCCACAAAACCCUAAUCCUCCUCUACCUAAUUUCCAAGACCCAAAUCCUCCUCCACCUAAUCCCCAAGACCUUAAUUCCCCUUCACCUAAUUUUCAAGAACCUAAUCCCCCUCCACCUAGUCCCCAAGACCCUAAUCCCCCUCCACCUAAUUCCCAAGACCCAUAUCCUCCUCCACCUACUCCCCAAGACCCUAAUCCUCCUCCACCUAUUCCCCAAGACCCUAAUCCCCAAGACCCUGAUUCCUCUUCACCUGAUCCCCAAGACCCUAAUCCUCCUCCACCUAAUCCCCAAGACCCCAAUCCUCCUCCACCUAAUCCCCAAGACCCUAAUCCUCCUCCACCUACUCCCCAAGACCCUAAUCCUCCUCCACCUAAUCCCCAAGACCCCAAUCCUCCUCCACCUAAUCCCCAAGACCCUAAUCCUCCUCCACCUACUCCCCAAGACCCUAAGUCUCCUCCACCUACUCCCCAAGACCCUAAUCCUCCUCCACCUACUUCCCAAGACCCUAAUCCUCCUCCACCAAAUCCCCAAGACCCUAAUCCUCCUCCACCUAAUCCUCAAGACCCAAAUCCUCCUCCACCUACUCCCCAAGACCCUAAUCCUCCUCCACCUACUCCCCAAGACCCUAAUCCUCCUCCACCUAAUCCCCAAGACCCUAAUCCUUCUCCAUCUAAUCCUCAAGACUAUUAUUCUCCACAACCCAAUCCCCAAGAUCCUAAUCCUCUUCCACCUAAUCCCCAAAACCCUAAUCCUCCUCCACCUACUCCCCAAGACCCUAAUUCCCCUCCACCUAUUCCCCAAGACCCUAAUCCUCCUCCACCUACUCCUCAAGACCCUAAUCCUCCUCCACCUACUCCCCAAGACCCUAAUCCUCCUCCACCUACUCCCCAAGACCCUAAUUCCCCUCCACCUAAUCCCCAAGACCCUACUUCUUCUCCAUCUAAUCCCCUAGACUAUUAUUCUCCUCAACCCAAUCCCCAAGAUCCUAAUCCAAUAAAUUUUCCACUUAAUCCCCGAGACCCUAAUCCUCCUCCACCUAACCCCCAAGACCCAAACACUUCUCCACCUAAUCCCCAAGACGCUAAUCCUCCUCCACCUAAUCCCCAAGACGCUAAUCCUCUGCCACCUACUCCCCAAGACCCUAAUCCUUCUCCACCUACUCCCCAAGAUCCUAAUCCUCCUCCACCUACUUCCCUAGACCCAAAUCCUCCCUCGCCUACUCCCCAAGAUCCUAAUCCUCCUCCACCUACUCCCCAAGACCCUAAUCCUUCUCCACCUACUCCCCAAGAUCCUAAUCCUCCUCCACCUACUUCCCAAGACCCUAAUCCUCCUUCACCUACUCCCCAAGACCCUAAUCCUCCUCCACCUACUCCUCAAGACCCUAAUCCUCCUCCACCUACUCCUCAAGACCCUAAUCCCCCUCCACCUAAUCCCCAAGACCCAGAUUCCUCUUCACCUACUCCCCAAGACCCUGAUGCUCCUUCACCUAAUCCCCAAGACCCCAAUCCUCCUCCACCUAAUCCCCAAGACCCUAAUCCUCCUCCACCUACUCCCCAAGACCCCAAUCCUCCUCCACCUAAUCCCCAAGACCCCAAUCCUCCUCCACCUAAUCCCCAAGACCCCAAUCCUCCUCCACCUACUCCCCAAGACCCUAAUCCUCCUCCACCUACUCCCCAAGACCCUAAUCCUCCUCCACCUACUUCCCAAGACCCUAAUCCUCCUCCACCUAAUCCCCAAGACCCUAAUUCUUCUCCAAUUAAUCCCCAAGACUAUUAUUCUCCUCAACCCAAUCCCAAAGAUCCUAAUCCUAUAAAUUUUCCACCUAAUCCCCAAGACCCUAAUCCUCCUGCACCUACUCCCCAAGACGCUAAUCCUCUUCCACCUAAUCCCCAAGAUACUAAUCCUCCUCCACCUAAUCCCCAAGAUGCUAAUCCUCUUCCACCUGAUCCCCAAGACCCUAACCCUCCUCCACCUAAUCCCCAAGACGCUAAUCCUCCUGCACCUGCUCCCCAAGACCCCAAUCCUCCUCCACCUACUCCCCAAGACCCUAAUCCUCCAGCAUCUACUCCCCAAGACCCUAAUCCUCCUCCACCUACUCCCCAAGACCCUAAUCCUCCUGCAUCUACUCCCCAAGACCCCAAUCCUCCUCCACCUAAUCCCCAAGACCCUAAUCCUCCUCCACCAAAUCCCCAAGACCCUGAUUCCCCUCCACCUUAUCCCCAAGACCCUAAUCCUCCUCCACCUAAUCCUCAAGACCCUAAUCCUCCUCCACCUAAUCCCCAAGACGCUAAUCCUCCUGCACCUACUCCCCAAGACCCUAAUCCUCCUCCACCUAAUCCCCAAGACCCUAGUCCUCCACCUAAUCCCCAAGACCCUAAUCCUUCCAAUAGUAAUCCCCCUCCACCUAAUCCCUCAAACACAAAUCCUUCACCUAGUCCCCUAUACGGUGUUCCUCUUUCACCUACUCCCUCAAAUCCUAAUCCUCCUCCACCUAGUCCCCAAGACGCUAAUUCUUCACCUAACCCCUCCAAAAGUAAUCCUUUACCUAAUCCCCAAUACGGUGUUCCUCUUCCUAAUCCCCAAGAGGGUUCCCAGUCGCCCCCGAGAAAACGCCACUCGCUUCCAUCUCGACCAAAAGGAUUCGAACCCAAUCUUUAUCCUUUCAACGGGAACAAACCAGCGACGGACAGCAGUAUUACCUGGGUUAAAAUAGUGCCAUAGGUCUCUCUCUCUCUCUCUCUCUCUCUCUCUCUCUCUCUCUCUCUCUCUCUCUCUCUCUCUCUCUCUCUCUCUCUCUCUCUCUCUCUCUCUCUCUCUCAUUUGUUUUUUUCUUGUUUUUUUGCUUUAGUCUGUGGAUAAAGUUGGUAAAAGGUUCCUAUUGUUAUUUUUUUCUAUGUAACGCUUUCUCGGUGCAAUAAAAUAAUAAAAUCAGGUCAGAAGUUU